AUGGAGGCCUCCGCGGGGCCUGUGUCUCACUGCGGUGGUGUCGAGACAGAAGAAGAGUUGCUGCUGUCAGAUGACAGCUUGCCUUCAGCAGAUGAGACAGAGUCAGAUUCGCUGCUGCUGCUGCUGCCAGUGGCUUCUCCCCUUGCUGCUGCUGCUGCUGCUGCUGCCAGCAGCAGCACCCGGAGCAGCGUGGCUGCAGCAAAGCCGAAGCACAAGAAGCGCUACACCCCCACGCCGAGAGCGUGGGCCAAAGGAAGGAUGCUGCCCAGCCGCAGCAGCAGCAGCAGAAGCAGCAGCAGCAGCAGCAGCAGCAGCUACUGCCGCAGCAGCCCCAGCAACAGCCGCAGAAACAGCACUGUGCUGCCAACUUCCCAAGUAGAGCAGCGCCAAGACAGCCUCUGCAGCGCCACAACAGCAGCAGACAGUCGCAUGCAGAGCGGCAGCAGCAGCAGCAGCAGAACAGACUUGCUGCACAUCAGAGACUCAGCCAAACCUCCUUCUCUACAGAAGCCUAACAGCAGCAGCAGCAGCAGCAGCAGCAGCAGCAGCUGGGCCGAGAUGCCCUCUCCCGCUCGUGCUGCAAUUGCGAAGAAGCUGCAGCAAAGCCACCAGAUACUCCAAGAGGGAAAACGACGCGCAAACCCACAGCAGCAGCAGCAGCAGCAGCAGCAGCAGCAGCAGCAGCAGCAGCAGCAGCAGCAGCAGCAGCGGCGGCGGCGAGACCGCGAAGCUGCUUCCGCCCCCGGCCGCAGCAGCGCAGGCUCGCGGGCCAGCGGCGUCUGCAGCAGAAGCAGCAGCAGCAGCAACAACUUCAGCAGCCGCAGCAGCCGCAACAUGCACUGCAGCAGCAGCAGCAGCAGCAGGAGCAGCAGCGCGUGUCCGCCGUUUCCAACGGGCGCCACCACCCGCAGCAGCAGACCCGACCCCAGAGCAACCCCAACAGCAGCAGCAGCAGCAGCAGCAGCAGCAGCAGCAGCAGAGACGGAAAGAAGGGGCCCCCUGUGUCCCCACGGGCUGCGCUUCCGCAGCCUUUGCUGCUUCUGCAGCAGCCCCGAUGCCAAAAGAGCAGCAGCAGCAACAGGAGGGGCCCGUUUGCUGCAGCCCACAGUUGCUUCUUUAAUGCAUGCAGCCAGCCGGCUAGUGAGCCGGCAGGCCCUGCUGCAGCAGCGGGCGUCUUCAGCUCCCGCACCUCUGCCCCUCCCCGCGCGAACUCGCUCAAGUUUCUCUUCAGCUCCUGCGAAGCCCGCAGCAGCAAAGCGCAGCAAAAGUGCUCACGUGUUUGAACGGUUGUGGGGAGACGCGCUGGAGAAGCAAAAGAAGCAGCAGCAGCAGCAAAACAGAAGACACGGCAGCACGGGGCCCUGGGGGGCCCGGCUGAGUGACCCUGGGGAGGCUUUGUGCAGCAGCAGAACUGCAGCAGCAAGAGGAAAGGCCCGGAAGGGCUCCCCCCUUGCCACAGACAAAGAGGGACAGAUUAUUGCUGCCAGCAAAGGCAAGCAGCAGCAGCAGCAGCAGCAGCAGCAGCAGCAGCAGCACGGAAGGCAGCGGGGAGCAGAGACAGGCUCAGGCUACUGCAGCGAAGCUGACCAGGGGCUUGACGCAGCAGCAGCAGCAGCGGCAGCAACAGCCCCCGCAGCAGCAGCAACACCACCACCACCACCAACAGCAGCAGCAGCAGCAGCAGCAGCAGCAGCACCAGCAGCAUUUUCGCUUAUGACCCCCACAGGGCCCCUUGCCCUCAGCGCUGUGCCGCUGCUGCCAGGGGGGACUUGGCUGCCUUUGCUGCCGCAGCCACACGUGUUUACCCCUCGCUCUGCUGCAGCACGGCAGCUGCGGCAGCAGCAGCAGCAGCAGCAGCAGCAGCAGAAGUUGCAGCUGCAGCAGCAAGUGGUGAUGCAGCACCACCCGCAGCAACAAAGGAGACCCGCGGAGGACCAGUGGUCCGUUCUCUCAACAACAGCAACGCCCACAAAAGCUUAUGAAAACGAAUUGCUGCUGCAGCAACAGCAGCAGCAGCAGCAGCAGCGGCAAGGGGCACACUUGCUGCGAAGAACAAACAGCAGAGGCAUCGGAAAAUGCUAUGAAAACGGCGACGACAGAGAAUUCCUGCUGCAGCAGCAGCAGCUGCUGCAACCUGUGCAGCAGCAGCAAAACCUCCAGCAGCCGCAACAGCUGCAGCAGCAGCUGCAGCAGCAGCAGCAGCAGCAACUGAUGUCGCAGCCUUUGUGGAAGCUGCCAGUCACACCCACAGGGCAGAGCCCCAAAAGGGCUAUUCCAGUGCAGCAGCACCAAGCACAACAGCAACAGCUGCAGCGGCAACAGCAGCAGCUGCUGCAGCAGCAGCAGCUGCUGCAGCAGCAGCAGCUGCUGCAGCAGCAGCAGCUGCUGCAGCAGCAGCAGCAAGUUGAUGGGUCUUAUCAACUACCUGCUCAGGGGUACGGCCCACAUAGCCAGCAGCAGCAAAGGCAGCAACUCCAGCAGCAAACAGCUCUCUUCCUCCCUCGCCAGCCGCAGCAGCUGCAACAGCAACAGCUGCAGCAGCAACAGCUGCAGCAGCAGCAGCAGGCGAGGCCAGCCAAGGGCCUACUGAAUCAACGCAAUGCCCAGAGCCUGAAGGACUACCUUGGCCAAAGCUACCCAGCUCAACGACAGCAGCUGCAGCAGCUGCAGCAGCUGAAGCAGCAGCCGCAGCAGCUGCAGCAGCAACAGCAGCAAACACGUCCUGCUGCUGCUGCUGCUGCUGUUAGUCCAGCUGCUGUCUUGCCAGGAGGCUCUCAGGGACUGGACCAGCUGCCCUUGUGGCAACGUAACUUCUUUCAGCAGCCGCGCAUGCAGCAGCAACAGCAGCAGCGACAGCUGCAGCAACAGCAGCAGCAGAUAAUCCAGCUGCAGCAGCAAGCGAUGCGUCAAGGAUUCCAGCAGCAGCCCCCACAACUUCGCCAGACACCGCAGCAGCAACAAAUGCUGCUGCAGCAACAGAAGCAGCGGUAUCUUCAGCUGCAGCAGCAACAGUUGCAGCAGCAGCAGCUGCAGCAGCUGCAGCAGCUGCAGCACAGUCGAGGGGCCUUUUCCAGGGCGGCGAUGCCCGCCCAGAAGGUGCAGCAGCUGCCCCAGCUGCUGCAGCAGCAGCACACGGCGCUGCGCCAGCCAGCUGCACCAACAGCAGCAGCAGCAGCAAAUGCUCCUGGCUUAACUGCAGCAGGAACGCUGCCGCUGAGGAGCUGCUCCCGUUCUUCGCUUUUGAGUCAUUAG